AGUUCAGAUAUCGUAAAUUCAAAAUGUGUCAAUAAGCAUAACUCAAACAGUGCAAGCAGAAACAAAUCGACAGUGAAAAAUAAAAUUGUAGUUUAUAAAAUCAUAAUAAGUAUGAAAUUAGUGUUUUUAUAAGGGAAGAUAUACUCCGCAGAUAGGCAACGAAUUACAAGUUCUCUAUUGAUUACAUUUUAGAAGUCCGCGAGGAUUUAAAUACGUGAAUAUUUAAGUUAUAAACUGCAUUGCUUGUCGCAAAUAGAAAAAAAUAAAAAGUUCCAUCAACGAAUUAGCGAUGGUUUUGGCGGAACGAAAUGCAGAGCUGGUGCGAAACGGACGGCGUUCGCGUGGACCGAGUCCGAACGGCCACGGUGCGAGCUCAGGCAGUGCUAGUGGCACGGCCGGAGGCCCUGGUGGUGCUGGAACACCUGAAACGAGUUCUGAUGAUGACAAUUCUAUUAAAAGAAAUGGUAAAUCGAAGACCAAGCAAAGCGAAUAUGAAGAAAAAAUUCGGGUGGGCCGUGAUUAUCAGGCCGUUUGUCCGCCCCUUAUACCUGAGCACGAACGAAAACCCGAAUGUUUGAAUGAUCGUGCACUACUGGUUUGGUCGCCGACUAAAGAUAUUCCUGACACAAAGCUUGAAGAAUAUAUAUCAGUUGCCAAAGAAAAAUACGGUUAUAAUGGGGAGCAAGCUUUGGGUAUGUUGUUUUGGCAUAAGCACGACCUUGAACGGGCCGUUAUGGAUUUGGCGAAUUUUACACCUUUUCCCGAUGAAUGGACUGUGGAAGAUAAAGUACUAUUCGAGCAAGCUUUUCAAUUUCACGGCAAAAGUUUUCAUCGCAUUCGACAAAUGUUACCAGACAAGUCAAUUGCCAGUUUGGUAAAAUAUUACUACUCAUGGAAGAAGACAAGACAUCGUCAAAGUGUAAUGGAUCGCCAGGAGAAAACCAAAGCCGGCAAAGAGGGCUCUUCAGACAAUGGCAGCGAUAAUGGUAGCAACGAAGAUUCCGACAAUGAUGAUAAGGAUCAAACAUUGUUGGCGCCGUGCCUAAUGGCCGCCUUACAAGAUCAGACAAACUCUACUUCCACUACCUCAAAAUUGACAGGCAUCUCAGUCUUCCCUCCCGAAUUGAAUGUUCCCUUAAGUGAAGGUCCAGAUAUUGAUAGCGCGAAUUCAAAUACCGCUAACAACAACAAUAGACAACAGCAACAACAGCAACCACAAUAUACGCCAAGCCUUUCAAAUGCUGAUGCCGUCAUCAAUUGCAAUGGCACUGGCGGAAGCAAUUUAACAAUAACCGCCAACAGUACUGUCAAAGCGUCGUCCGUAGGCGCUAGUGGCGGUGCUGGGGGCUGUUGCUCAAAUUGUGGUGUUGUCUGUAAUGUGCUGAACUCUUCGCCACAUGGCAAAUUGUGUUCCAGUUGCCAUCAUCAUUGGAGGCGGACGGGCAAUAAGCGUCCCACUUCGGGACCUUAUUUUGGUAAAAGAUCACGUGACCGCAACGCCGAACGCCAUAAACGUAAGCCGCCGCGUGGCAUGUACAUCAAUCAUGAUGACAUUGUCGCUUUGGCCAGCGCUAAUGACAAUCAAGACGAAUUGCUGGCAAAUGUCGAUCGCGAAAUUGUCUCAUUAUUGAGCCAAGUUCAACUAAAUAAGCAACAGAUUUCGGCUCUUAAACGUAAGAACUCUGAUAAUCUAGAGGAUAUACGCCCUAGCGAGAAUACUAAUCGCAUUAACGGGCGCUGGACAAACGAUGAACUAUUGCUUGCCGUUCAGGGUGUACGAAAGUACGGUAAAGACUUUCAGACUAUUGCUGAGACAAUUGGUACUAAAACUGAAGCGAACGUUCGUACAUUUUUUAUGAAUAAUCGUCGCCGUUACAAUUUGGAUCAGAUUUUAAAGAAAUAUGAAGCAGAAAAGGAAGCGUCCACUGCAACAGUACCUUCUUCAAGCUCAUCGAACAGCGGUGCCAGCGGUGCAUCAACUAGUACCAAUUUAUCAAAUGAUGCUGCCAAUGCUAUUAAAAAAGAUGAACAACAACAAUCGCAAACUCAGUCAACUAAAAAGAAAGACGUACCUAAUAUAUUGGCCGACGAUUCAGAUAAUACCACCUCAAGCGAAACAGCUAAUUGCUCUAAAUCGACCACCACAACUACCAGCAUUGAGGAACGAAAGUCAGAAAUAGCUAAUGUCAAUAUUGUGAAAGACGAUGACGAAAUUAUGGAGGUUAAUUUAAAUACUGAGUUACUAGACGGUGGUGGUGUUGGUGGUGUUGGCGCCGUUGGCGGUGGCAGCGGCGGCGGCGGCAGCGGCAGCGGUGCCCCUUCAGCGAAGAAGAUUGCCUUGAGUGUGUCCAAUCAGGAUUUUCCUAAAGCAAGCGCUGUAUAAAAUUUACUUGGACUUGACGUACGCAUAUGCAACACAAUUCGCUAUUCGAAAAGAAUAAAGGAGACGGAGACCCGAAGGAAUGAUGAAAACAAAUAAAAGAACAAGUGAUUAUUUUAACAAAAGUUAUCAUGAAAAAAAAAAAGAACAAAAAAAAGAAAAAUAAAAUGGAAAAAAAAAAGUAAAAAGAAAUCAGUGAGACAAAUAACAAAAAAGCAAAGCAUAGAGUAACAGUAGUUGCACCUCUCAAACGGAUUGUUCUCUUAUUAUUAUUUUUACAAUGAUAUGGAAGCAAUUGAUUUUUUUACUUAUCGUUUUGCUGUAAUUAUUAAUUCGUA